ACCUCCCGAGACGCGCACGAUGUCGAGGGUCGCGGCGCAGAAGACGUGGCAACAGAUCUGGAUUCGCCCUGAGGUGUUUCCCAUCGUCGCGGCGAUCGGCAGCGCGGGCACGCUCUGCGUGUUCUUCUGCGGCCGUCAGAUCUCCAGCUCUCCCGGCUUCCGAACUUUCAAAGACGCGCGGAAGAACGAGUGCAUUCCCGAGGACGCGAAGCGCGUGAAGGAGGGCAUCAGCUGGAGGGAGAAUCUCGUCCGACGCACGGUGAGGGGCAUGAACCCGCAGAUCUUCCCGGGGUUGAACGACUGGAUGAGCAAGUAGGCGACGUCGAGCGGCCCCGGCAGCGGCGGCGGCGACUGCGAGCCGAAUACAUCAUUGUAAAUCUAUCACUGAGAGUUAUCUCGUC